AUGCAUAUCUACACUCGAUUGUACGUUUUGCUUCUAUCCCUAGCUGGACCGACUUCAGCAGCCCUCAACUGCCGGCCAGAGGGACCAGUUCUACCCAAACCGAAUCUCGGCGGCUCGCCGAUCUUAAAGUUAGCAGGGCAAAACCUCACACAGACUCUAGAUGAUGCCGUGCAGGGCGUCAUUAAAGCAGGAUGGCCUGUGGAGAAUGUGUCUUUUUCCCUGGCUGUUGUGUCCACGUAUCAGAAGAGUGCAGGUGUCCCUAUUUGGGAGUAUCACCAUCGGGCUGAGAAGAACGACCGAGGUGUCAAAAAUAUCACUCGUGAUUCGCAGUACCUGAUUGGCUCUGUGAGCAAGGUCAUCUCGGACUAUAUUCUUCUCAAGUCUGGGGUCGACAUUGAUCGUCCUGUUACCGACUUUAUUCCAAAGCUGAAUAGCUCCAGGUCCAAGGUUCAAUGGAAAGACAUUACACUGCGCAUGCUUGGAUCGCAGUUAAGCGGGGCACCUGCAAAUAACGGAUUCUCGGAGUACUAUUAUCUGAAAGAAUUCUUCGUCCAAUCUGGGUUCCCGCCAAUUAAGGACUCAGAUUACCCACCAUGCGGCGCCAUAGGUCUCAAUCAAGGCUGCUCUGUAGAUGAGAUUCUCGAGGGCAUGAUAAGCCAAUACCCGGUCACGGCGCCCAUGGAGCGCCCAGCUUACUCAAAUAUUGCAUUUGUAGUUUUUGUCCUGGCACUUCAAGAAGCCACUGGGAAGAACUACACGGAGUUGGUGGCGGAUAUUGUGUCCAAGCCGCUUGACUUGCGGAAUACUCUUCCAUCCCCCGGGGAAGAUUGCAAGGCUAUGAUUCCCCCGGGAGAAAGCUCUUGGGGUACAGAUUAUGGAUACAAUGCCCCUGGUGGCGGCUUGGUGUCAUCCGUGGCCGAUCUCUCCAAGUUCGCUUACGCCCUCCUUACACGGUCCCUCGAUCUAACACCAACGCAAAUACGGAAAUGGUUGAAGCCGGAGGACUGGACUGGCGCGGACAGUGCGGUCGGUAUGCCUUGGGAAUUCUCCCGACCUCUCACCCUUACGCCUUCGCACCCGCACCCAGUCACUGUGGCUGGCAAGGGCGGCGGCCCGCAACUUUACAGCAGCCAGCUGAACAUAGUAGAUGAAUACGGAGUGGGUCUCAUCAUGCUCUCUGCGGGAAACUCGGGGGCUUCCACGGUUCUCUCCGACGCUCUUCUCGCGACCUUUGUACCAGCGGCAGACGAGGCCUCAAGGGACCAAGCAGAAAAGCAGUAUGCCCGCACUUUCAAGUCUGAGCGUACCAGCACACAAAACAAGUCGGUCGAGGCGAGCUUCAAGUUGGACAAUGAUUCUCUCGUCAUCUCUGAAAUUCGUCAUGGUGGCGACGACGUCUUUGGUGGUAUCAAGAAGAUUUGGGGCCUGACCAUCGGCCAGUAUACGGCGACUUUCGGCUCUGCAAUGAGGCUCUUCCCCACGGACCUGUAUCAAACGACUCAGAUGGAUGGGAAGAAUGUCGCUGCGGAGGUUUGGCGUCUGUGGCCGGAGUUUGGCGAGCCCAUCGAGUCCGACAUGCCUGGUUCGAAUUCGGGCUUCGAAAACUGUUUACAGUGGACUCUUGGGGAUUGGAUCCAUUACGGAAAAGAGCCUCUUGACAGAGUCAUCUUCUACAAGGACGCUAGUCAGCAUGUUAUUGGCUUUGAGAUGCCUUUCCUUCGAUCUGGAAUCUUGAAACCCAUCUCCGAUCUCGUAGACUCCAUGGCAGGUGGACGAAAAGCGAAGCCUGCACCGCCUCCGCGGCCUACGAACACGCUCAUCGUAGACAACGGCGCAUACACGUUAAAGGCUGGCAUUGUAGCCAACGGGCACGUCGGCGAGCCUCGAAUCAUCCCCAACUGCAUCGUACGCGAUCGAUCGAGAAAGGUCUUUCUCGGAUCCGACAUUGCUAAAUGUAGCGACUUUGGCGAACUGCAAUUCCGACGGCCGGUUGAGAGAGGGUUCAUUGUCAAUUGGGAAGCCCAAAAAGAAAUAUGGGAUCAAGAGCUUUUCGACAAUGCUGCAACCAAGUGCGAUCCCACCGAGGCGCGUCUGAUUCUUUCAGAGCCCCCGAACGGGCUGCCAGUCCUGCAGACGAAUUGCGAUCAAGUUGUCUUUGAGGAGUACGGAUUUGCUAGCUACUACCGAGGUAUUGGCUCGACUUUCAAUGCCUACCACGAUAUUCAAAACCUUUUCCGGACGCCAAAAGAUGCCCCCACGGCGGCAAACGUCCCCGCAGAAGUCAUGUUGGUGGUCGACUCUGGUUACUCCCAUACGACCAUCACGCCCUUGCUUCGUGGGCAGCCACUGCACUCAGCGGUCCGGCGACUCGACGUCGGGGGCAAUCUUCUCACGAAUUAUCUGGCUCGUCUUUUAUCCCUUCGGCACUUCGACAUGCGCAACGAAACAUAUAUUGUCAACGAAAUGAAGGAGGCGGCGUGCUACGUGACACUAGACUUCAAGUCGGACAUUGAGAAGACGUGGAAGGGCACAAGGGGCGAGAAACGACCGUCUCAUAUGUCCGGAGAUGGCAUUGUCAGAGACUACGUCUUGCCGGAUUUUCACACACACACAAAGGGAUCUAUGCGCGAGUAUGACCCCACAAGGCACACCAAGGCGCGAAAACUAGCUGCGGCCGGUCAGACGGAUGAAGAUGUUUUGACGUUGCGCAACGAGCGGUUCGCCGUCCCAGAGCUCAUAUUCAACCCCUUGGACAUGGGCAUGCAGCAACCAGGGUUGGCCGACUUGAUCCAACAAUCUCUGCAACAACUUCCAGUGGGGUUGUGGCCUGGCCUGCUGGCCAAUAUUGUCGUUGUGGGAGGCAGCACUUUGUUUGAUGGCUUCAUCCAGCGUCUCCAGAAGGAGGUGGUGCAACGAGUACCGGACGACUGUGUUGUGCGCGUUGCAAGACCUGCUGAUCCCAUUACUAGUACUUGGUUUGGGGCCGCCAACCUGGCCAGUCACCCCAACAUCGAGAAGCUUGUAGUCACGAAGAAGGAAUACGAGGAACUGGGCUCGGCUUUGGUCGCGCGUAAAUUUGCCGCUGGCCUCAAUCUAACCUGA